AUGUUCGUGCCGAAGAAGUCGCGAGGUUCGGGGAGCCGGCGUACGAGGCGACGCGACCCGGAGGACUCCAAGCCACCGGCGGACUCCAGCGAGAUUUCUACGACGCCCGUCACGCGCCACGCCGGUGGCGCCGGAGGCUCGGCGCCUAGGCGUCUUCGGGCGUCGAGUCCCGUGGCGCCUACCCGGACAAAGACGGGGCUGCCUGCGACCGCCGCUGCAUCCGGGGACUACCACCACGGCACAGCCGCCGAGGAAGCACCUACGCGACGGACCGAUCCACCAGAGACGACGCUCGAUGGCGCCAUGAUCGAAUCGAGUCUGAGUAGCCUCAGACACACCCCGAGGACACGGACGACUUUCGAGCCGUCCACCGCCACACUCGCUCCGACCGUGUCCGCUCGAGUCUCAUCCGCAUUCCGCACCGCCAUGGACGCCGUGUUCCACCGGAAACCGCCUUUCAAGGGUGGGGCACCGAAUAACAUCCCGCUGCAGACGAGCGUGUACGCAACGCAUACGCUGCCCAGACCUACUGCGCCCAAGCCGGAAGAUCAGUGCUCCGCGACACAUCGCUCCUCUGAACGCGCCUCGUUGCGUCCUUCUGCUGAAGCAAACCAAGGUACACAUUCCCGCACUCUGCGCGUCGUCACCAGAAAAUCUGCAAACGAACAACUGCCGGUGCAAAAUGCGCCCGUUACGACUGUCAUGGCCGUCGAAAUUCCACCGGGUGCCCGUUUCCCCCGCGUGCCGCUGAUGCUCAUUCGGGGACCCCGGAUGUCGGCUGGUAGUCCCGAGCCACGAAUGCCACCGGGUUCCGCGCCACGCAUGCUACGGGGCGUUGAGCCGCGAAUGCUGACCGACUCGAGCUUUUGGCAACGCCCACAUUUCCCUCCACGCGCGCCUUUGACGGGUGCGGUUCUGAGCGCCGCACAGAUGGAGAGGUCCGUAACUAUAGGCUCUGCACGCCGAGACCCUGCACAGCAAGUGAGCCCAACGCAACUGUCAGAGCCUGAUGCACUGAAAGUAACGUCGCAGCAUCCGCCGUCGUCGGAAAUGGCCCAUAUUGCGCCGGAAAGCCAUACACAACUGACAAUGCCUAACGUUCUGCCGGGAACAUCCCUUUCACGUCCAGAAAUGGUGGAUGCAGCCACGGAAGUGAGCGAAACACGACUGACAAGGCUGGACGCGCUGCGAGUCAAAGCCGAUCAUCUGUCGUCAUCGGAAAGGAUGAAUGCAGUGCCCAUGGUCAGCGAAGCAACACAGACAAUGACGGACUUGCCGCAGAAAACAUUCGAGCACCCACCAUCUUCGGAAAUGCUGAAUACUGGUCCGGAAGUGUGUGGCACACAACCUACUAGCUCUAAUGUGCUGCCGAAUGAAGCCCAUCAACUAGGGUCUGUUGAAAUCGCCAAUGUACCGUCAGAAGAGCCAUCAUGGGGAAAGGAAGCGGAUAAAGAGUUCCACUCUAAAGUCACUUCAGCGCUCACUGCAACUGCUGCGGCGCCUUCUCCAGCAGCACCAUCAGCUGUCGCGUGCAGACCAGCGCUGGCGGCCGACAACAGGCAUCCACCUGAAACACCCGUCACGGCACACGUAGAAGCCGCCCAGCAUUUGAGUCCGACGGGAGCGAGCGACGAGCGAGGCCCUAGUCAGCCUUCUCCAGCAGCACCAUCAGCUGUCGCGUGCAGACCAGCGCUGGCGGCCGACAACAGGCAUCCACUUGAAACACCCGUCAAGGCACACGUAGAGAAAGACGCCCAGCAUUUGAGUCCUACGGGAGCGAGUGACGAGCGAGGCAAGACCGGAAUGACUGGCUCUGAACCGAUGGAAUUGUCGACGUCAGACGCCCACAUAGCGCCUGCUCCGCGAACAGACGCCCCUGCAGAAGACCAGACCGUCUAUGCAGAGCCCGAAACGCGGCCGCUCGUCGCGUCCUACCAUCAUGACAAAGGUCCAAGGAGCACAGGAGUUCUCUCACCAGCCUCGCCACCUGAAACGCACCCCGAUAUGCACGGAGAGAAAGCGCCGGCUCAGAAAUUGAGUCAGACGGGAGAGAUCGAUGAGCGAGACAAGAGACGGCUAGCCGGCACGACUGGCUGCGAUCCGAUGAAAGUGUCGACGUCAGACGCCAGCAUUGCGCUUGCCCCACAAAAGGAAGCCUCUGCGGAAGUCUUAACCCCCUCCGCAGAGCCCGAAACGCGGCCGCUCGUCGUGUCCUACCAUCAAGACAAAGGCCGAAGGAGCACAGGAGCUCUCUCACCAGCCUCGCCACCUGAAAUGCACCCCGCAGCCAGAGCUGAAGCACCUUCUGACAAGUCACCUUCAAGCCCAGUAACGCCGUCGAAAGAGAGCGACGCCGGCACGAAUAGACCGAAGACGAAGAGCCCUUCGUCGAAAUCUGCGACCAAGGCAAACGACACUAUGGUAUCUUCGGUGAAAACAGCUGAAGCGGAGCUUGCUGAUGUGGGUAAGAUUCAAACUAAGUCUUCUGAGAAAUCCACAAUGGUAGGACACGCCAGUGAGAGCAAAACUCCAGCUAAGGAGCCUUCGGUGAAUCUGGCAAGCAAAUCUCCACCACCAAAUGGGUCUUCGGUCAAAGCAGUACCGGCAGGACCCAAGAGUGAGAGUAAAACUGCGCCUAAGGAGCCUUCGGUGAAAGCAGCAGGGGCAUGCCAUACCAGUACAAGCAAAACACCACCACCUAAGGAGUCUCCGAUGAAAGCAGUACCGGCAGGACUCGCCGCUGCAAGCAAAACUCCACCACCCAAGGAGCCUCUGGUAAAAGCAGUACCGGCAGGACUUGCCACUGCAAGCAAAACUCCAGCUAAGGCGUCUUCAGUCGGACAUACUAAUGCGAAUAAAGUGCACGAAAUUAACGUGUCGGAAAUUCCAGGCCGCUCUGACAAAAUCCCGGAGAAGCGACUGGUUACAGAAGAGUUGCAGAGUGGAGCUCAGAAAAACGUCCCUGAGGAGCGCAUCAGCAUGCCAGAGACAACGCAGCAGAGUUGCAGGACGCGAGCGAGCUUCGCCAGCGUCAAGACUUACUGUUCUACAGAUUACGACAUGACUUUAGCGAAGACUGAAAGCCUAGCUCCUACAAAAACAUCGAAAAGUUCCGAACAGAAAAGUGUGAUUGAAGGCGAAGCAAAGCUUGCCAAGGUGUUUUUGCCGAAAGACGUGGGCCCCGCAAGCACAGGCGGCGCCACACCGUGUUCAGCGCCAGUGCCUCACGCGGGAGCACAGAAAGAGCCAGGGCCCUUACGCAGCGAGAGGUUGGAGAAAGAUAAGUGUCGCAAGCAAUUAGCGACGGAGCAUCCCGUGGACACCAACACGGUGCUUGUGCCAAAUUUAAAAUCAGCUGCAGGAACGCAAGUGCUGCAGCAAGGUCAGGAAGGGGAAGCCAAACUUCCUAAAAUUUUUCCGGCAGCGGCAGUCUCCAAAGGGCAGGCAAACCAGACACCCAGUUCACCGCCAACUCCGGGCAAACCACAAAGCAAGCCUUCGGAAAAAGCGCCACCGACUAUGUCCGUUCCGCCUGCCCACGAUGCUGAACCUCUGACAGCGCCUACACAUUUGAGUGAAUCGGAGCCAACAGCAGCCAAGAGCCAACCAGGGUUGAGCGGGGCUGGCGAGGCAUUGCCGCAUCCUCAAAAAUAA